AUGCCGUCAUCUUGGGAUCAUCGGAUGCGGGGCAGCAGCAGGAAGCCAUCGAAGCCAGGGUGCCGGCCUGCUGUGCUGCGCACCGACCGCCUUCCUCUACCCGCCCCUCCCUCCACCACCCCGCCUCCCCUGCUCCCACCUUCUGCACCACCUGCUGCACCCUCUCGCCCCAAACUCUCACUCUCACUCGCUCUGCCAUGCUGCCACACACUGCCAACUGUCACACCCUCUGCUGCCGCUGCUGUUGCGCUUUCAUGUGGCCGAGGGCUCAUCUUCCCCUGGCCUGCUGUUGCGCUUUCAUGUGGCCGAGGGCUCAUCUUCCCCUGGCCUGCUGUUGCGCUUUCAUGUGGCCGAGGGCUCAUCUUCCCCUGGCCUGCUGUUGCGCUUUCAUGUGGCCGAGGGCUCAUCUUCCCCUGGCCUGCUGUUGCGCUUUCAUGUGGCCGAGGGCUCAUCUUCCCCUGGCCUGCUGUUGCGCUUUCAUGUGGCCGAGGGCUCAUCUUCCCCUGGCCUGCUGUUGCGCUUUCAUGUGGCCGAGGGCUCAUCUUCCCCUGGCCUGCUGUUGCGCUUUCAUGUGGCCGAGGGCUCAUCUUCCCCUGGCCUGCUGUUGCGCUUUCAUGUGGCCGAGGGCUCAUCUUCCCCUGGCCUGCUGUUGCGCUUUCAUGUGGCCGAGGGCUCAUCUUCCCCUGGCCUGCUGUUGCGCUUUCAUGUGGCCGAGGGCUCAUCUUCCCCUGGCCUGCUGUUGCGCUUUCAUGUGGCCGAGGGCUCAUCUUCCCCUGGCCUGCUGUGCGUGUGCCUGGCAUGCCACUCUCAAUCGCCCGCACCCUCAAGCCUUUUCUGCUGAGCUAG